GUUUCUCUCUUUCUCCCUCUUUCUAGUUAGCACGAAGCUUUCUCUCCCAUCUCCCAUCCCGCAGCGUUCAGCACUUGCCAAGUCAGGACAAGCGAGGCGAAAAAAAGUGUGGCGGUGUCUGGGGCUUGAUAUUCGUAUGUACGCAUAAUUAUCGUGUCGUGCCGGAUCGUUUCGUAAACAUGUCAACAGGACCAACACACAAGUAUAGAUACAAAAAUGUUGGGCUGGACUCGCAAGAGCUGCGUCGCCGCAGAGAAGAGGAAGGAGUACAAUUACGUAAACAAAAGCGAGAGCAGCAGUUGUCAAAAAGACGGAAUGUUCCCAUUAUCACCACCGAAGAUGAGAGUAUCUCAUCCAGCGCCGACCAAUAUUUGGUCCCCAUACCGCUAACGGAACCUCCCCCAAUUACGGAGGAUAUGGUAGCCGAUCUUUACAGUUCAGAGGUGGAAAAACAGGUUGCGGCAACGCAAAAAUUCAGGAAAUUAUUAUCCAGGGAGCCAAAUCCGCCCAUAGACGAAGUUAUCAAAACGGGUAUAGUGCCGAGAUUCGUCGAGUUGUUGAAAAAUAAUGAAAACUGUACUCUUCAGUUCGAAGCUGCUUGGGCUUUAACGAACAUAGCGAGUGGCACAUCAUCACAAACGCACACAGUUAUAACAGCGGGUGCAGUACCGACUUUUGUAGCCUUACUGAGCUCCGAAUACGACGACGUACAGGAACAAGCUGUUUGGGCAUUGGGAAAUAUAGCUGGCGAUAGUCCGGAAUGUCGAGAUCUCAUAUUGAACAGUGGAAUUCUAACGCCGUUGUUGCACUUACUGUCAAAAACUACUCGUCUGACGAUGAUUCGGAACGCUGUGUGGGCACUAUCGAAUUUAUGUCGUGGCAAAAGUCCAGCACCAACUUUUUCGAAAGUUGCACCGUGUUUGCCAGUAUUGGCUCAUCUUUUGAAUCACAAUGAUCCUGAAACACUUGCCGAUGCUUGCUGGGCUUUGUCAUAUUUGAGUGAUGGUCCGAACGAAAAGAUUCAAGCUGUCAUUGAUGCCGGUGUAUGUCGUCGACUCGUCGAAUUGCUGAUGCACCAUCAGCACACGGUAGUAAGCGCUGCUCUAAGGGCAUGUGGCAAUAUUGUUACGGGUGAUGACGUACAAACACAAGUUGUUCUGAAUUGUUCAGCGUUGCCGAGUCUCUUGCAUCUUCUCAACUCGUCGAAAGAAACUAUUCGCAAGGAAGCAUGUUGGACCGUUUCGAACAUCGUUGCUGGAAAUCCGCAUCAAAUUCAGGCGGUUAUAGACGUCAAUAUAUUCCCCGCUCUUAUCGAAAUUCUCACCAAGGCCGAGUUCAAAACUCGCAAGGAAGCAGCAUGGGCAAUAACAAAUUGUACGAGCGGUGGUACACCCGAACAAAUACGAUAUCUAGUCGCUAAAGGAUGUAUUCCACCACUGUGCGAUCUUCUGACCGUGAUGGAUCCCAAAAUGAUACUCGUAGCGUUGAAUGGCUUGGAGAAUAUACUGAGACUCGGUGAACAGGAUACGAAUGUCCAUAACGGUAUAAAUCCGUAUACGGUCAUCAUUGAAGAGUGUUUCGGCCUAGAUAAAAUCGAGUUCCUGCAGUCGCAUCAAAAUAUGGAAAUCUAUAAGAAAGCAUUUGACAUAAUAGAGCGUUAUUUCGGCUCGGAGGAGGAGGACCCGAGAAUCGCGCCAUCGACCGAUUCCCAGGGUCAAGAGUUUCAAUUCAACGCUCCCGAUACGACUCAGUUACCGGUGCAAAACUUCCAAUUUUAAUUUCACCCCCCAUCUUCCCUCCUUUCCUGAAACUCCAACAUGUUGGAGAUUAUUAAGACGCGUAACGAGAUAUACACGUAUCUAAAGAUUUGCGUAUAGCCCUUUCCGGUUAUCUGUAUCUUGAUCUUUUGACGAUACCAUCUCAGUCAGGAACACGACGUCAUUGAUACCACACGUACGUUUUCUUUAGUCCGCGACGAAAGCGGAACGAGGAGAAAGAAGAUGAAUAGUUCUUUUGUUUUGAUUUUUUCCAUCGGUGUAUUGUAAUUGCGGUUACGACAAAAAAAAUUGAGAAAAGCGAAUCGUAGAGGAGCCCAGUCGCCGUGUGAAAAAUUUUUGCUCGACUUAUGUUUACAGCGACUUUGUUUAAGUUUUCUUUCCUCCAUUCUGACGUUCAUAUACGAAUAAUUGUGACCGCUAUACAUACAAUAUUUUUAGACAUAUUGAACAAAAAAAACUGUAACGAUGACUCGAUUGACUUUUAGACAUUAUACAACUACCGUUACAGCAAACUAAUCUCUCGUUUUUACCAUCCUUGACAACAUUUCCGUUAAUUUCAGUUUUGUUAUUGAAUCGGAAGCAAAAAUCAUAACAAGCACACGUUAGCGCUUAAAUAGUGUUAGAUUCUAAAACCAACUAAAAGAAAAAAUAAAGUGAAAAAACAAUGAGAAAGAAAAGAAACCAGCCAACUAUGAUCAAGAGAUAUUCUCGAGGUAAAAAAUAGUAAAAACAUGCUGCUAUACCUCAUACGAGACUUGACUGACAACGGAGUAACUCUACCGGAGAUAUACCGAUAACUUUAAUACAAAUUCAAGAAAUACAAUGAAAAAAAGUACGGGACGAGAGAACAAAACGUAAAAAUUUGCACGACUUUUGCGAGACGUACGAAUCUACCGGAGAACACGCGAAUAAAACUUAUACGUAAUUGAAACGGACAACUUUACGAAACGCGGUACUAUCCCUUGUUACGAUAGAUAUCUUACAUGACCAAUUGAACAUUUUUUACUGUAAAUACGAAUCUCGUCAUUUUUCAAGACUAUUUUAUACAGAGUGCCCGAGAAUCGUGUCUCAAGAUCUGCCAGUGGAGCAUCGCAGCAAUCGCUUUUUAUUUUCUUUUUUCUUACGUAAACUCGUGUCUCUUUUGCAAUGUUUUUUUUUCUUCAAAUUUUCUUUGAGAAUGCAUAUUCCAACUUUGUUUUUAUGCAGAAUGGGACGUUGUCUCGCGUUAGUCAUAGCGUGGUAAGUAGAUCGAUCCUGUCAUCGAAACAUUAAUAAUGAUACAUUUUUUUAAUUAUUACAACGCGCAUCACGUGUUCGCAUUCUCAUAGAGUUUAAGUGAGUUUAACAACGGACGUGUCGCGUCGCGUAGAAAUACGUACACGCGUUUGAAAAUACUUAAGUAAUCGAAAAACAAAAAAAAAACGAACAAAAGCAACAUUUGUUGACUCGUUAUAACGACGAUGGGUUUGAAAAUUCGUGCGCUAUCAACGUGGCUCGGUUGACAAAAAUCGAACAUUCUGUAUAAAAGGUCUACGACUGUAUAAAAUGUAUUUAUUAUUUAGGUUCGACGAUACAAUAUUAUACAAGAGAUAUAUAUGCGUAUACUCAUAUAUAUAGACACACGUAUAUAUAUAUACAUAUACAUAUAUAUAAAUCACUUUUAGGUACCGAGACUUCUAUUAUUACGACAGAGGAUGACAACGUAUAUACAUUUUAUUGUAAAAUUAUCCACUGAACGUUGCUUUGGCGUAGUCGAGCAAAAGGAAACAAAAAGUAACAAACUAUAUAAAAGAGCUCAUUGCCAAUCAAUAUAGAAUUUAUUUCAAAGCCUGUUUACGACAGGACGGUUUGUGCAAAACGAAAGAGAAAAAAAGUAUAUAUUGUUAAUUUUUAUUGCCAACGUUCUUUAGUGUAAUACUGAAUAUAAUUCAGCCGACUCGUCGCCAUCGUCACUGCAUAUAUAUACUGUGUUAAGUUACAUUGAAAGAAGAAGAAAGAACUGGAAUAAAAACGAACACGGUGUUUUUUCUCUCAA